CGUGUGGUAUAGAAUCAGUUUUAUAUUUCCGUUACAAACCCUUAGUCAUCUUUCAUUUUCAAAAGCAUUCAUGUAGCUUGGCUCUUCCUUGGUAAGAUGCUCUCCUUGAAGAAAGAAGACUAUGAUUCAACAUCUUUCAUUAAGAAGAUGAAAUCCUAUAUUAUCUGUCUUCGGCCAUGGUCGUUUACUGCUUCGUUUAUGUCUGUUCUUCUGGGCACGGCAAUGGCUUGGAAAUCCCGAGAGAACUUUGACUUACUUCGCUUAAUGUUGACGUUACUAGCAGUCCUAGCAACUCAUGCAGCUGGAAAUCUUGUUAACACGCUAUUUGACUACAAAAAUGGAAUCGAUACGACAACUUCGGAUGAUAAAACCCUCGUCAAGAAAACACUCACUCCUCGAGAAGUGAGAAUCUUGAUCUAUAUUUGCUACGAAGUUGCCAUUGCUUCUUAUAUUGUCAUUUGCCUGGGGUACCCUUCGAUAUCUCCUAUGAAAAUAUUCCCGACAUUUUUAACUGGAAUGGCAGCUUCUUUUAUCUAUACUGGUAGUAUAGGACUCAAAUACAUUGCUCUUGGUGACCUGGUGGUGUUCAUAGCCUUUGGUCCUGUCAUAACCUUGUUUACGUAUGCUGUUCAGACUGGGGAAUUGUCAAUGCAAUGUGUUAGCAUGGCUCUUCCUCUUGCUUUCCACACAGAGGCCAUUUUACACGGAAACAACAUCCGAGACCUCGAGACAGACAAGAACGCGGGAAUCGUAACCAUGGCGAUUCUAUUAGGGAUGAAGAAUGCUCGUUUGGUUUACACUUUAUUGUUGAUUUUACCUUAUAUAAUGAUCUCUUUUAUGGCGCCUUUUCAUUCCGCUUUUCUUUUAUUUCCUUUGUUGUCCCUCCCAUUGGCAUGCAGAUUAAAUUUCGAUUGUUACCAUGGAAACCUUCAAGAAAUUCCUCAAAAGACGGCUAUGGUUAAUCUGGUUUUUGGAAUUUUGUAUGUUUGUGGACUUGCUCUUGCAAAAUGAGCCAAAAACUGCUCUUAAGCGCUUGUUUUUGCUUUCAAUCGCGA